CCGUCUCAAGGGACUCAACGCAAUUCGGUAGGCAGUUCCAGCUUGGAAAUGCAUUCAAGAAGGGAUAUUAGAAAGGUGCAAUCUAGUGGCACGACUCUUCAUUUCGAAGGAAAAGUUGGUUGGAAGCAAUUCGGGAUAAGGCCUCACCGGAAAUCGAAGGAGCUUUGUCGAGUAGAAAGGAAUAAUGAAUUGCGCGAAGACGUCAUCGGCUCACCGUCCUGCGACCCCGAUGGAACUGUGCUAAGCUUUCGUCUGUAUCGCUGUGACAGACAUCAUCUGAGCAAGAUUACAUACUUUAUGGAAUAG